CACUGGAAACGGACGACUGUUAGUCUAUUUGUUAAGUGAGAUGCAGUUUACGAUGGAAUUAUAAAGUCCAGAACUUUGAUAACAUAAACGGUUAAAUAUUGUGUUUGUUGUUACAUAUUUAAUGGAUUUCAUUGGAUGCCAUCAAUGGCGUAUGGUGCACGUAGUUCCGGACGAAAAGUGAGAAUGUAAACAACUUAUAAAACAAUCAUGACUUCUAUAAAUGAGAUCACGAAUUUGACAAUCUUUAAUGGAUCGCAGGUUGUAGAUUCGACUCUUAUUUUUGGUCCUCAACGAGAUUCAAUGUAUAUUGUGAUCCCUAUAACGAUCAUAUACAGUCUUAUUUUCAUUACAGGACUGUUUGGGAACUUAUUUACAUGUGUGGUAAUAAUUCGCAAUAAAAGUAUGCACACAGCCACAAACUACUAUUUGUUUAGUUUAGCAAUAUCCGACCUUCUAUUGCUAGUUAGUGGUAUGCCCCAAGAGAUGUAUUCCAUUUGGUCAAAGUGGCCUUAUAUUUUCGGGAACAUUUUUUGUGUUCUACGCGGCUUGGCGGCGGAGACGUCGACAAACGCUAGUGUCCUGACGAUAACUCUAUUCACUGUCGAAAGAUAUUUAGCAAUAUGCCAUCCCUUUGCUACCCACAAAAUGUCAAAGUUAUCUCGAGCGACAAAACAUAUAAUAAUAUUGUGGAUAGUAUCUUUUGGACUGGCUUUACCUCAAGCCCUUCAAUUUGGUAUAAAAAUCCAUAAAGGAGUCACAAUGUGCCUACAAACAAGGGUAAUUAUCGAGCACUCAUUUGAGAUCUCCACUUUCUUUUUCUUCUUCGCACCGAUGAUCCUGAUAACUGUGCUGUACUCCCUCAUAGGACUAAGAUUAAAUAAAUCGUAUUUGAGUGAAGAUCUACGAGAAGAAGAUGAAGCUAAAAGGAACUCGAUUGUAAUAAAAAAGAUGCAAAGAAAAAAUAACACUAAAUCAACAAAAAGAGUUAUUAAAAUGUUAGUUGCAGUUGUAAUAGCAUUUUUUGUUUGCUGGGCGCCAUUCCAUGCGCAACGUCUGGUGGCUAUCUAUGGAACCUCAGAAGACCACCUCGCCAAGUCGCCGAUUCUACUCUCCGUUUACUACUUCUUGACCUACUUGUCUGGAGUUUUCUACUACAUAUCUACAUGUAUAAAUCCUAUAUUCUACCACAUCAUGUCCAACAAGUUUAGGGACGCUUUUAAGAAUACAAUAGUACGGUGCUGUUGUCCGAGUAAAAACCUUCCCAUCGUGCAACGCUGUUCGUACACAACCGUUCCAUUGUCCCGACAUAUUAAUUCGAUGAAACCCACAAAAAAAGAAAAUAAAGAAAAUAUAAGUCGAGAGUGCAUUAGAAGAGAAAACAAUUAACAAUCUAUCCGAUCAUGGAAUUGUAAAUAAAUGAUCAGACAAAAUGCCAAAGGCGUUCUUUAGAAUUGCACAAUUGUUUCCAAUCAAAAGAAUUCAAUUUAGAAAAUUAAAACAGUAAAAAAAAAUUAAGUUAUAAGUUUAAUUGAUUAUGUUUUACAUUGCCUAUAUUAUACCCGUUUCCUAUAUUUAACGAAUCUGAGUACCGAUUAUUUUUGAGUUAAGGGGAAUGAGAUAGAAAACCGUUCCUCUCGUUUAACGUCAACUUCUCAAUAUAAUACUAGGCAUU